GGCGGUCCCGGUGAGUCACGGUGACCGCCCCGUGUCCCCCCUCCCGCGCCCCCCGGCCCGGCCCGCCCCCGCCGUGCCUAUCCCGGGCCGGGCCGCGCCCCGCCAGUGCCCGCACCGCCACCGGCAGCACCGGCAGCACCGGCACCGAGAGCUGCCCCGCACGAGGCAGGAUGCCGUCGCAGCUGGAGCACGCCAUGGAGACGCUCAUGUUCACCUUCCACAAGUACGCGGGGGACAAGGAGCACCUGGCCAAGGAGGAUCUCAGGGCGCUCAUGGACAAGGAGUUCCCGGGGUUCCUGGAGAACCAGCGGGACCCCAACGCCCUGGAGCGGAUCCUGCGUGACGUGGAGCAGAGCCGCGACGGCCGCGUCGGCUUCCAGGGCUUCUUCUCGCUGGUGGCCGGGCUGACCAUCGCCUGCAACGACUACUUCGUGCAGCACAUGAAGCAGCGCGGCCGCCGCUGAGGGGGCAGCACCCCGGGGUGCUCCCCACCCACCCCAGGGCGCCCCCAGCCCGCCCGGGGCUGUCACCCCAAACCCGCCCUGGAUCCUGUCCCAGCCCCACAUCCGUGCCUUGAUCCCUGCUUUGGGUUGUGACCCCCUUCCCGAGGUCCUGAACCCCUCCAGAGGGGCUGAGACCACCCCCCAUGCAUGGGUGUCCCCCACCCACCCAAGGGUACCCCCAACCCACCCAGGGGUGUCACCCCAAACCCCUCUCGGAUCCUGUCCCAACCCCAAAUCUGUGCCUUGAUCCCUCCUUUGGGGUUCUGAAUCCCCCCAGGGGUUCUGAACUCCUCCAGGAGAGGGAACCCCCACCCAAGGGUGUCCCCAAAUCACCCAGGGGUGUCACCCCAAACCCACCCUGGAUCCUGUCCCAACCCCAAAUCCUGUGCCUUGAUCCCUCCUUUGGGGUUCUGACCCACCCACCAGGGGAGCUGAGACCCCCCCCAAGGGUUCUGACCCUCCCCCACCCACCCAUGGGUGCCCCCCACUCAUCCAGGGGUGCCCCCCCAAACCCCCCUCAGACCCUGUCCCAAAACAGCCCCGGGGGUCUCGAGCCCCCCCCAGGGGUUCUGACCCCCCCCCACCGGGGGUGUCACCCCAAACCCCUCUGAUGUCCCCCCAGUAAAUGUGUUUUGUAUUAAA